UGCAGAGAGAGGUUGGGGCUUAGGAUCAGAGCAGCAGGUCAUGUGUUUGAGUAGCAGAAAUACAACAAGUUGUCAGCUCGGACAGCAGUACAGAGGGCAGGGCAGGUGAAACAGAGAAUGGUGUUUGGUUCUCUGUUAAAGGGAUACUGUUACUGGUCCUGUUUCGAUGAUGAGCAGCAUGGCCAGCGUGGGGAGGCCCAAAGCAGUGUCUCAUGCUGUCGUUGGGAAGGAGAAGGAGAGGACAUGGUUUUGUGGCAACGACAGGCUGAAAACAGUGUCUCCUUGCAUCAAAGGAAAACCCAGAGCUGUGUCUCCAGGCAUGAUAGGGGAGCAGAGGGCAGUGCCUCCUUGGAGGCCAGAGUCGAUGUCUCCAGGUGUGGUAGGGAGAGAUAGGGCAUGGUCUCUUGGUAUGCUCCAGAACACCAGCAGCUACAGCAGUGUGACCCCAUGCCAGACCACUACUAAGACUAUCCGAGUGACGGACAUCUUGGACUCCAAACCAGAGCCAACCAAGGCCCCUGUCAAGAUCCGGCCCCCUAGCCCACGUCCCCCGCCCCCCAAGGAGCCCAUUUUCAGUUGCAACCUGUCCAGUGACCCUCCCGUCCAGCCCAUCAUAAGACGCAGGGCCCAGUCUUUGCCCUCGGUCCACGAGAGAAACAGAGACCGCCAGGUACGCUUCGUGGACUCCUUGGGGCUGAAGCUGGAGGAAGUCAAGGUGUUCAGCAAAGGAGAGGAGCCUUGGAUUCCCCCCCACGUCUUCUCCAGACUUCUCAUGAGCGCUGAGAUGAACUCAGGGCGGUCCCUGGAGCUUUCCUUGCCUUACUUCAAACCCUGCUUUCCCGAAAACACGGGCUCCCAGCCAGGGUUCGUUAAGCGCCUGGUGGAGCAGAUGGUCUCUCUGGACCAGGUCCUGUGUUCUGAGCUGGGCAUCAUCGGCAAGGUGCAGGUCCUCAACCUGGCCUUCAACAAGGAGGUGACGAUCCACUACUCCUUCACUAACUGGAGGAGCAGUGCUGAGACCAGAGCCUGCUGGGUGGCUACCCUCCACCGGGAUCAGAUGGAAGGACCAGAGUCUGAUGUCUUCAGGUUCCGUCUGCCCGUCCCGCCCUUCAUCCUGCUGCCUGGAGCCCAGCUGGAGUUCGCUGUGUGUUACAGAGUGAUGGGAGCUGAGUACUGGGACAACAACGAUGGGAACAACUACAAACUGUCCUGUCACAGCUACACACUCACUGUGCCCCGGGAGUGUGAGGACAGCAUUGUGCACUACACCUGACUGGCCACUAGGGCGCAACCAGUGCUGUAGAGCGAUAGAGCUCUAUUUCAUAGAGGUUAAUGGGGAGGACGACAACACAGCUGCGCCAAAUGGUCUGACGGUACACAGAUCUGCCUGUAGGAAUAGAAUAUAAAAUGAAACAAGCCAUUCUACUUAUUAAAAAAUAACUAAAGGUAUUUAAAGACAUUGGUGAAUAGAGAAAUAGAGUAAAAGUAAUUGAAGCGAAAGCCAAUACAGAC